AUGGCUUCGAGGCUCGCAUCUGCUUGCGCGCUGCUUCUGCUCGCCACGGCCUUGGCGUGCAUCGCGCGCGGCGCGACGGCCGCGACGAUCUCGCAGAUGUACGUGUUCGGCGACGAGUCGGCGGACGUGGGAAACGCGAAUUACUUCAUGCGCGCUUCCGUGAAGGCGAACAAGGCGCCGUACGGCCUCAGCUUCAAGCCCGCGUCGGGCCGCUUCUCCGACGGCAAGCUCGUCGUCGACUACCUUGCCGACUUCCUCGGGAUCGCCUCGCCGCGCGCCGAUCUCGCGCCCCGCAAUGCGUCGCUUCCCUUCACUGGCCUCGAUUACGCCAUAGUAGGCGCCGGCGCCAAAUCCGGCACCAACGGCGGCAAGGUUCAGCCACCUCCUAUCGACAUCGUCCGCCUUCUCCUGGCCGUUUUUCUUUCUCACAUCAUCAUCUUUCCUCCGCCUUCUCGUGGCUUCCCUUUCGGAUGGCGGCAGACGCGCGGGCUGCAGCUGCAGUUGAACGAGUUCAAGAAGUGGUUCAACGAGGCCAAGCGCACCAAGAACCCCGACCUCGUACGCAUUCCGAUUGACACCUUACUCUCACCCCACGCCUUUCUCCCGCCCUUUUUCCAUCCCCAUUUCGUACGCCCUCCUUGCUUUCUCCCUCGUUUCCAUCUUCCGCUCUUUCCCAUCUUUCUAUUGAAUCUCCUUUUCAUCUUUUUUUUUUUCACAUCUCCCCCUCUCGUUGAUUUGCUCUCCUUUCUUGCUUCACAGAAGCUGGACGAGGCCCUGUUUGUGGUGAGCAUCGGAGCCAACGACUAUCUCGCCGAGCUCAGCAGCGAGCAGCCCAACAUGACGAAUCUCGUCGCCAUAGCCUCCUCGGUUUCCAACACCGUCAUCAACGUCAUCCAGUCUCUCUACAACCUCACCGGCUCUUCCAACAUUGUUGUUAUCGAUCUGCCGAAUCUCGGCUGCGUUCCUGCUGUGCGCCGUGCGGCAGGCAGUGGAAUCAACUGCACCGAAGCUGGUAACCAGAUUACCACUAUCCACAAUUUCGCGCUGCUGACGAAGACGGACAAGCUGAGGAACAACCCCGCCCUGCCCAUGCCGAACCUGGUGCUCUUCAAGCAAUCAGCCGUCUUCAAGACCAUGAUCCAAGUCCCCACCUCUGGUAAAACCCCCUUUACUUCCCCCUCCUCUCUCUCGGUUGUUCCCUCAAGUUAA